AUGUCGCAAAGUGUUGUUCUCCACCAGUACUUUCAAAUAUGUUUCGAGACAUGCAUGAGUAUUCGCGCUGGCUUGGUAACUGUUAUGUACGCAAAGUCUCUCGUGCUUUCUAGCGAUGAGCUAGGGAGUCGGCCAUCUGAAAAUAUCGUAAAUUUGAUGUCCGUCGAUGCGACCAGGCUACAAGACCUAUGCAUCUAUGGUCUGAUCACAAUCUCUGAACUAUUCCAGCCUUCUCGGAUGAUGAGCUUCUGUCUGAGUUGCGACCAGCGAACGAGGCUAAUGAACAAGCCUUUGGCCAAUAUUAAAAGUAUUAAGUUUCAUGCAUGGGAAUAUGUAUUCAUCCGCCGCGUUCUGCAUGUGCGCAAUGGCUUAGAGCAAGAUACAGAAGAAAAUUUGCAUUUUAACUGUACACCCGAUGCUCUCUUCCCUGCGAUCUCAUGGUUCAUGCUUCUCCGGUUCCCACUUGCUAUGUUUAGUCGAACAUCAUCGAGGGACUUGUGUUCGUCAAACAUCUAUCAGGCUUACUACGCGCUGAGGAGCUGCAAAAACGCCCACCUGAAUACUGAGCAGACGAAUGCAAUCUAUUGCAAACCUCGCUGACUAUCGCCUUCAGGACAGCACCUGCGAUUGAUCAAACAGUUCCAUCCAUUGUGAGAAUCCUGUCAGGUCAGAGCAUUAACCAUUCGCUUCAAGUUCGAAACUCAAUUUGAAAUUUUUGAAUGAGAGAGCGGUGGAAACUAAGAGCCAGAUAUGUGAGCUCUAGAAUAGCACUCAGUGAAUCUGUAGAACAACGCUCAUAUUGAACUGAUCUAUAUCUUUGGGUGCAUGCAGAGAUCAGAUAUAGAUCAACAUACUAUUGGGAUCGUUGGAUAACUAAAGUCGAGACAAGGGAGCUAGGACGUGCAGACCUUCAGCUGGAGAAGAGAAUCACAGUCAUAUCAUGAUGCAGUUGAUCGGGUAAAAGAGCGUGCGAGACAGGAGAACGCGGAACUCAGUCGAUUGUGAAUAAAGGCUCUGAAGCAAAGUUAAAUGGCCAGCAGAAGUCACGUUGACAAUCGAAGGUUGCUGUAUCCCGG